UCUCCCAUGGUGACUGACAUUGACAUAUAUAGGCGCUACAUUCGCUGCUUGCUGCUGCUAGUCUAUAAACAAGCAGUCUGAUGCUACAAUAACUAUUUAUAAAACACUAAAUUAAUAGCGUUUGAUGUAGACAGUCGGAGUGACGGGUUCGAGGGCAACAUUAGAAGUGAAAGCAACCGAGAUUCUCCCGUCAGGUAUAUUUGACUGUCAGAAGUAAAACUGGCUGAAAUGGAUGAGCAGAGUGUUGAGAGUAUAGCGGAAGUCUUCCGCUGCUUCAUUUGCAUGGAAAAGCUGCGUGAUGCCCGUCUCUGCCCUCACUGUUCUAAACUGUGCUGUUUCAGCUGCAUUCGGCGAUGGCUAACUGAACAGAGAGCUCAGUGUCCCCACUGUCGAGCUCCGCUUCAGCUGAGGGAACUGGUCAACUGUCGCUGGGCAGAGGAAGUGACUCAACAACUGGACACACUGCAGCUCUGCAACCUCACAAAACAUGAGGAGAACGACAAAGACAAGUGUGAGAACCAUCAUGAGAAGCUGAGUGUGUUCUGCUGGACUUGUAAGAAGUGCAUCUGUCACCAGUGCGCUCUGUGGGGAGGCAUGCAUGGAGGUCAUACGUUCAAACCUCUGGCCGAGAUCUACGAGCAGCAUGUGACAAAGGUGAAUGAGGAGGUGGCCAAGCUGCAGCGCCGGCUAAUGGAGCUGAUUAGUCUGGUUCAAGAAGUGGAGAAAAAUGUUGAGGCGGUGCGAGGGGCAAAGGAUGAGAGGGUGAGGGAAAUUCGAAAUGCUGUGGAAAUGAUGAUUGCGCGGCUCGAUAAUCAGCUCAAGAACAAACUCAUCACACUCAUGGGACAGAAGACCUCUCUGACACAGGAGACAGAACUGCUGGAGUCUCUGCUGCAGGAAGUGGAACAUCAGCUGCGUUCGUGCAGUAAGAGUGAGCUGAUCUCUAAGAGUCCAGAGAUCCUGCUCAUGUUCCAGCAGGUUCACAGGAAACCAAUGCAGAGUUUUGUCACCACUCCUGUCCCACCAGACUUCACCAGUGAGCUGGUCCCUGCCUAUGACUCGAGCACUUUUGUUUUGGCAAACUUCAGUACUCUGCGGCAGAGAGCCGACCCCGUCUACAGCCCCCCGCUCCAGAUAUCAGGCCUGUGCUGGAGGUUGAAGGUUUAUCCGGAUGGCAAUGGCGUUGUUCGAGGAAACUAUCUCUCUGUUUUUCUAGAGUUGUCGGCUGGACUCCCAGAGACGUCCAAGUAUGAAUACAGGGUGGAGAUGGUCCAUCAGGCCUCCAGUGACCCCACCAAAAACAUCAUUCGAGAAUUUGCAUCAGACUUUGAGGUGGGCGAGUGCUGGGGGUAUAACAGGUUCUUCAGGUUGGACCUUCUCGCCAGUGAGGGCUACUUGAAUAUGCAGACUGACACUCUUGUGCUCAGGUAUCAAGUGCGAUCACCUACGUUUUUUCAGAAGUGUAGAGAUCAGUAUUGGUACAUAACUCAGCUGGAGUCAGCCCAGUCCAGCUACAUUCAACAGAUCAACAACCUAAAAGAGAGGUUAGCUAUAGAACUGUUCCGUCGGCAGAAGUCGAGGAGUUCCUCUCCACUUGAUCGGCAUCUCUGCCCCACGACUUCCUCCGGGAGAGACUCCCGUCAGGGAAAGAGCUCCGUACUGGAGGAAGGGAGUCAGGCAGCCUCAGCAGAGACAAAAGAAGAUGAGGAUGAAGAGAAGACCCAGCAUGAUGACUCUAAUGAGUUGUCCGACGGGGAUCUGGAGGUGGACUGUCUAACUGGAGAUGAAGAUGUCAAUCCUCUGGACGGCAGUAGCACCUCUGGGAGCUCCACAGCCACCAGUAACACAGAGGAGAAUGAUAUUGAUGAAGAGACCAUGUCUGGUGAGAAUGAUGUGGAGUACAGUGGGAAUCUAGACCUGGAGGAAGGUGAAUUAGCUGAUGAUGUUGCCGGAGCAACAGGUGAACCAGAGUUUCUCUGUCCAAGAGGCUUCAUUGAUACAAAUAAUGCUGUUUCUCUAAUGAAAAGAGGUUCUGGUGCAGGUGCCCGGGGUUCAAGGCGUGGGGCAGGUGCAAGCUCAGCCAGCCUGCUGGAGAUCGACCCGGUCAUCCUCAUCCAACUACUGGACCUGAAGGACCGCAGCCAUGUGGAGUCACUGUGGGGGAUGCAGCCCCGUCCCCCUACCUCUCUCCUCCAGAGCCAAGCCGCUGCAGUGCCUUCUCGUAAAGAGCGUGAGCGUCGGCCUCAGGUGGUGCGUCGGUCAGCCCCGGACUCAGGGGUCCUGAUCAGACUGAAGGCUCAGAUGGCAGAAGUUCGCAGUAAGAUGUCAGACGUGAAAGGACAGCUGGAAGCGCGCAGUGGAGCCGGUCGAAUCUCCUCUCAGGGAGCCUCAAACCACGAGCAGGGCCCCUCCAUGGACUCGGAGAUGGGGCCCAGUCGCAAACCCAGCGAACUGCUCUUCAAAGCGCCUGUCUCAUCACGACACUCUCGAAGUGGAGUGAAGAAGGCUGGUUCUCCUAAGCAGGAGAGCGUGGGAGCUCUGGGUGGACUGUCACUGCGCAGGGCUGUGGAUGCUGGGGAGAAAGAGCUGAGAGGAGCUGGACGAGACCCCCCUCCUGAACCUUCUCCUUGUCUCAGAGAGGGACCCUCCUCGUUGGAUGGCUCGCUGAAAGCACGCAGUGUGCAGAGUUCUCCUCCCUCACUGGGAAGCAGCUCCUCUUCCUCUGAUAAGCCCUCUGGCUCCAAACAUGAGGAACUUCUGUAUGGAGCUGCAGCCUCAGACCUGUUCAGCAUCACAGGCCUCAAUGGAGCAGCUGCUCCUGCCACCAAACAGCGCAGGACUCCAGCUGUCGGGUCUGGCCUGCUGACAGACAGCUCUCUUAACUGUGAGCAAGAGGGUUCCGGCGAGAUCCAUCAGUCACUGCUGUCACUGGCUGAACCAUCCUCUUCCUCCUCACGCCCUGAUGAAGGUCUCCUCAGCCAGACGCAGCCCCAACAUGUGCUGCCGAGCAUGAGCAGUGACAGCGAGCUGGACUGUGACACAGAGAAUGAGAAUGAGGAUGAGGUGGUGGCUCUGGAGGCUGGAGACUGUGCGUUUGACACCAGAACUCUACCCUGCCCAGGCGAGCAGCUGAUCCCUGAUGAUCUGAGCUUUAUGACCGGAGAGACCACAGAGAGAUGAUCCACCACAGUCUUACAAAAAUGUCUGCAAGUCACACGAACCUUCCUGUGUCGUCAGCCACUGAAUGUGCUCUUUACAUGUCUGUGCACUUACUUUAUGUUCAGAAGAGGACUAUAUGCUUCUGUGUGCUACUGUACGAUAUUUCAGAGAAACUACUUUUGGGAUAGUAAAGAUGUAGUUUUUUUUUUUUUUUUUUGCCUUGCAUUUUGAAAUGCAUAACAUUCCGUUAUAAAAGUAGGUGUAUACAUUUUGUGUGUGUGUGUGCAUAACUAUUCAUAUUACAGUUGUACACAUUUUCUUUAUUUUUGCAAUGCUGCUUAUUGUCAAAAUCAUAGGGAGUUGCCAAACACCUACAUAACAUGCAUUUUUAAAAUGUUUGGCACAUUGUCAAAGAAUGUCAGUACAGGUGCUGCUCUGUUACUUUUUAUGUGGCUUAUUAUUUGUGCAGUUUAUAUAUAUAUAUAUAUAUAUAUAUA